GGGAGUGGAGGACGCGGGACGAUACAGAGCGAUAUCGCUCCGUGACGGGAGCCACCGGUCCUCCGGGCGGGGUGAGCCGAGUGAGCGGAGCGGAGGGUCUCCGUCUCCCCGGGGCGGGCCGUGAGCAGCAAGGAUCCCAUCGCCUGGCGCGGAUUUAGGAGCCUUUGCUGUGGAUGGAGACAUACGUGGACAUUGAAGGCGACCAGGGUGCCGGUGAGCCCCCCUCAUCUGCUCACGUGCGGUUUGAGCUUCGAUGGAGGACCACAUGACGGGGCACAACAUGGAGAAGCGUUAUGAGUGUGACGUGUGUGGCAAGGCCUGGCAGAAGCUGUGCCAGCUGGAGAUCCACCGGCGGGUUCACACAGGCGAGAAGCCCUAUGGCUGCUCCACCUGCGGCAAGAGCUUUGCCCGGUCGUCGGGGCUGCGGAUCCACCGGGUGGUGCACAGCAAUGAACGGCCCUUCACCUGCUCCGACUGCGGCAAAAGCUUCAAGUCGGUCGCGAACCUGAAGGAGCACAGGAGCCUACACACUGGGCAGCGGCCCUACGUCUGCAGUUACUGCGGGAAGGGCUUCAUUAAAUCAUCCAUCCUGCUAGUGCACCAACGCACACACACCGGCGAGCGUCCCUUUACCUGCGUCCAGUGCGGCAAGGGCUUCACCCGUUCCACCAAGCUGCGGGAGCAUCAGCGCACCCACACCGGCGAGCGCCCCUUCACCUGCUCCAAGUGCAGCAAGAGCUUCACCCUCUCCACUGGGCUGCUGGAACACCAGCGCACCCACACCGGGGAGAAGCCAUUCACCUGCAGCGACUGCGGCAAGGGCUUCACCCGCUCCGUCAAGCUGCGGGAGCACCAGCGCAUCCACACUGGCGAGUGUCCCUACACCUGUGGCCAGUGCGGCAAGAUCUUCACUCGCUCCAACCAGCUGCUGUUGCACCAGCGCACCCACACCAGCGAGCGACCCUACACCUGCGAUGACUGCGGCAAGGGCUUUACCCAGUCCUAUGGUCUGCUGUUACACCAGCGCAUCCACACCGGCGAGCGCCCCUACAUCUGCAACGACUGCGGCAAGGGUUUUAACCAGUCCUCUAGCCUGCAGUUGCACCAGCGCACGCACACCGGCAAGCGCCCCUACACCUGCACCAAGUGCGGCAAGGGAUUUAUCAGCUCCACCUCUCUGCGGUCCCACCAGCGGGGGCACGCUUGUGACCAUCCCUAGCCCAGCCCGGAGCGUGCAGAGCACUUUGCCAUGGCCUCCCACACCCUGUCUCACCAGCGCAUGCAAACCAGUGGCUAGCCCUACGACUGCCCGUACUGCAGUGAGGUGUUUGACAACUCACGGGGGUUGCGGCAGCACUGGCGGUCCCAUGCCGGCGAGCGGUUGCCCGCACUGCGGCAAGCGUUUCAAGAGCGCAAGGGGGCUGCGGGAGCACCAGCAAAUACACACGGGUGAAAGCAGGCACGUGCCGUGAGUAAUUAUUAAGGGUAGGCAGUCAGUCAGCUUUAAAAAAAAAUUCUAAACCGCGCAUGUGCAUAUUGUUCUCUUCCUAAAAAUUAAAAUUAAAACAGUAACAAUUUAAUUUG